AUGAAUCCGCGGCACGGAAGCGGGCUGAUAGCGGCGUACCUCCCGGCACAGGCAUGCAGCAGGGUGAAAUUCCACACUGAGCAUCUGUCUCCCUUCGUGCAAGCGCAACCAUCGACGGCGCACCUGGUGGUGGUGGGGGAUUUAAAUAUUAUCGCAGACCCGGAUCUGGACAAGUCGUCAGGAAUAGGGUCAGGGAAGGAGAACCAGAGGUUCAUCAGCUUAUGGCCGGCACAUGAUCUCCGCGACGCUUUCAGAGCGCUGCAUCCCACAGAGAAACAGUACACUUUCAGGGUCAAGGCGACGCAGGCGAAGUCCCGCAUCGAUAGAGCUCUGGUUUCGACGUCGCUGCUCGGCAAUCUGCUGGAGGCGAGCCAUGCAGAGGUCCCGAGGAAACUGACGGAUCACUGGUUCGCAAUUCGCCUGGCUCUGCGCAUUGUCUCAUCGCAAGAGCAUGGCCCUGGCCUCUGGAGGUUUCAGGCAACGCGGAAGGACAAUAAGGGGGUGCGGAAGGUGAUUGAGAAGGCGGUCAGGGCACCGAUGUCAGACAGCCGUCAUCCGUUGGAGCAGGUGAUCUCGCGACUCACGAUGGGCCUACGAGCGCACGAGAAAGAGGAACAGGCAACUGUUAGCCAGGGAGGAGCAGUUGGAGGCAUACCGCGAAAGCGACAGGGAGAGACUGGAGGUUUUGCGGGACUUACGGCGGAGCUGCAAGGGGAGGUUCCGUCGCCUUACCUAUCGGCCAAGGUGAAGACGAGGAAGGAGCGGACAGUUAUUAACGAGGUGGUAUUCAAGGGGCAACGGUUCAAAGGGUCGAAGGAGGUACUCAAAGCGGCGUCGGCUCACUUUGCGGAAGCUUUCAGCGAGGCUGACGGCGGAGCAGAGCUAAGGAGGCCUUUCACGGUGGACAGAGUGUUACCGGAUGAAGCUGUGAGGAGGCUGAAAGCCCCGUGGACGGAACCAGAGGUGAAAUCGGCUUUGGCGGGGUUGCCGCGCGGGAAAUCGCCAGUGCAGGAUGGCCUCCCUGCAGAGCUUUUCACGUCACACUGGGACCUGUUGGGGGGGGUUUUCAUGGAUUUCGUCCGGGGGUUCGAAACCACAGGGAAGCUGCCGGAGUCGGUCACUACGGCGGUCACAGUCCUGCUGCACAAAAAAGGGGAGAAGGACCAGCUGUCAAACUAUCGACCAAUCACGUUACUGAACACGGUGUACAAGGUGCUGGCAAAAGUUAUGGCGAAUAGGUUCAAGAAGGAACUUCACCAGAUCAUCUCGGCGGAGCAGCACGGUUUCAUCCCUGGACGGAGCCUGGCGGAUGCGGUGGCAGUAGUGGCGGACGCGAUCGAGGCAGCAGAUAACGAUGGCGAAGACUGGUAUCUCCUAAUGGUUGACUUCCAGAAAGCAUACGACACGGUGUCGCGCCCUUAUCUCUUUGAAACGCUAGAGAAGCUGGGGUUGCCUGCAGAUUUCAUUCGGUGGGUAGAGGGGCUACACCAUGGGUCAGGAACGAAGAUAGCGGUGAACGGAUGGAUCGGAGAAAAGGUAGACAUGCGAAGGGGUGUACGGCAAGGGUGUCCGCUGGCACCCUACCUUUUCCUAUGCGUGCUGGAACCGCUGUGCUCGGAGAUCAGGAAAAAAGGAUGUGGAGUCAAAGCGGAAGAGGGAGAAGAGGUGGCGUAUGUGGGGUAUGCAGAUGACACGUCGCUAAUUCUCCGCGGAGCUGAACAACUUCACUCGGCGGCGGAGGUGCUCGAGUGGUUCGGAGGGGUGUCAGGCCUGCACACCAACCGCGAGAAGUCAGUUGUGAUGCCGCUCGGGCGGAACAGGGGCAAAACAGCGCUUCCAGGGGUCAAUUUCAAAUGGGCAGCGGAUGGGAAACCGGAGCGCCUGCUCGGGGUCUGGGUCAUGCCGGAUGGUGAUGCGGCACCGUCCUGGGAGAAGGCGUGGGAAAGAGGGAAAAAGGAGUUAGUCAAGUGGGAAAAUCAGCAUCUGCUUACAGCUGCGAGAGUCACGGUCAUAAACAACUACAUCAUGCCGAUUUUCCUCUUCCAGGCGCAGAUAUAUCCGCCACCGGAGGAGCUGUGGGCCAAAAUCAAGAAGACCUGCGACAAUUAUGUGUCCAAAGGCCAAGCCACGGCAGACAAGCUGUUUGUCCUCUGGAGCGGCGAGUUGGCAAGGCUGCCGAAGAAAGAGGGAGGCCUGGGGCUGGUGGAUCCGAAGGCGCGGUUGGACAGUCUGGCGAUCCGGAUGGUGGGGAAGCUGUUGACGGAGAAAAACAUUACGAAGAAAUGGUUGGCGGAAAAAAGCAGCUUCACUGCCGCAAGGAGUGGGUACCCUGUACGCACACAAGUCAGCAGGCAAACACUGGGAGAAGGGGAGUCAGAGGUGGAAAGCGGUAGUAGAGGUUUUCUGGGACUCACCCUUUGCUGA